AUGAGCAAACUGCGCUUUUCGAAGUCGACCGUCGACGAAAUGGCCCUUUUGCUUGCUACAGGCGUAGAACCACGAGAAAUAGCUUAUAGAUUUCGAUGCCACGCUUCAACUGUGGGCCGAAUCCGGCAGAAUAUUGAUACGUUCGGAGAGCCACGGCCAGCGCCUCAAGCGAAGAUGGGUAGGCCGCAAAAAAUCACUCCAGAGGCGCUUGAGGGCCUCCUUGAUUGGCUUCUGGAUAACGGCUCGGAGAAGAAGCUCUCGUAUCUAGACGAAAUGGUAGCGUUUCUAGAUGAGGAGUAUGAUAUAGAAGUAUCGAAAUCAACUGUCUGUCGAACGCUGGCAAAGGAGAAGAUCACACAGAAAGCUGUUAGUACUGUAUCACUCUAA